AUGGCGGUCUCCACUGUCGCCGUGGUGCAUUCCACCAGAGGUGAUCUUAGUGCCUCUGCUGUUAAUCCUCUUGAUCCGCAGUCGGCAGGUUUCUCUGAUGUCUUGACGUGCCCAACAGUCGAUUGGUUACGAGCACUCUUGCUUCCUGUCGGGUGUGAGCUGUUUUUAAUCCAUCCCAGAACGAUCGUAGUCUGUGUAACCUGUGACCUCCUCAAUAGGGUAUCGUCUCAAUAGUCUUUAUGAAGUGGAGUUUCGAUUUUCCCAUGAUGAAUUCGGACUCGGAUUCUGUGCACAACCAAGGUUAUCCUCGUCAAGCCACCAGCUGAGCCGCCUAGGCACCAGCAACCACCAAACCAUCGCCACGUUCUGCUUGCCACCAGCCGCUCAACAUGUCAUUAUCGACUGUCACAUCCCAUGAAGAAGCAUCGCCGAUAUCUAGAUCAAGUAUUUUAUGAUUUUGGUGUGCUAUAUGUAAAUUUUUGUUGCCCCUGCCCCCGGAGUAUCAUCGAUGACGAUGAUUCCUCCAUAGGGGAGUCGGGGGCGCGGCUCCGAUAUGCUGGUU